CAUGGCACUGCUGCAUUACACUCUCGACUUCAAGCUCUCUGCCGCAGUUGACUCUGCAUCGGCAGUUCCUGCUCUACUGUCCAUAUUUCAUGAGCAGGAAAUGAAAGAGACUGUUCAUGAAACAAAUGGGCACGGAUACCUUGCUACUUUUGUAGGAAAAAAAGGCUGGUUUGCUAUUCUGUGUGUGCACGCCCAUGGGUUGAUCACUGUUGAUCUUCGGUGUUAUGAAGAUGAUGACACUGCACAAGUAGACAAGCUUUUAAAUGUGCUGGAAAAGAAGCUAAAAGAGAUCUUAAAUGGCAAAAUUACAAGGGUUAAGAGGCUCCCAGCCCUCAUAAGAGGAGCCGAAGUUGACAGAUACUGGCCCACAACUGAUGGCAGAAUCGUUGAGUAUGAUAUGGACAAGGUGUUGUACGAAGACGAUUCUCCAUACCAAAACAUAAAGAUGCUGCACUCACAUCAGUAUGGAACUGUCCUAAUUCUGGAUGAUGACUUAAACCUGUCCGAGAGUGAUUUGGCGUACACCCAAGCCAUCAUGGGUAACGGAAGAGAGAAUUUUGAGGGAAAAGAGGUGCUGAUCUUAGGAGGAGGUGAUGGAGGCAUCCUCUCUGUGAUGGUCAAACAAAAGCCAAAGAUGAUCACCAUGGUCGAUAUUGACCAGAAGGUGAUAGAUGCGUGCAAAAAGCACAUGAGAGGAACUUGCGGCGACGUGCUCGACAACCUGAAGGGAGACUGUUACCAAGUACUAGUUGAAGACUGUGUCCCUGUGCUGAAGAAAUAUGUCGAGGAAGGAAAGAUGUUUGAUUACAUAAUUAAUGACCUGACUGCAAUCCCAAUUUCCAUGGAGCCAGAGCAUGAGUCAACAUGGGAGUUCCUGCGUCUCAUCUUAGAUCUGUCAAUGAAAAUCCUGCAUCCCUCUGGAAAAUAUUUAACACAGGGUAACGCCGAGACUAUGACAGAGGCACUGCGCCUGUACGAGGAACAGCUGAGGAAGCUCUCAUGUCCCGUGGAGUUUACCAAAGAGGUGGCGUGUGUGCCCUCCUACUUGGAGCAAUGGGUUUUCUACUCCGUAUGGAAGAAGUAAACACGUCCAGAUUGUGUUUGCGUGAAUCCCCAGCAGCUGCAAUGUGACUGCUCCUCCCAUUUCUGCACGCCAGACUGACCAUGGCACGAAGAUUAGAGGCUCCACAACAUUUGGCUAUAUGAAUUAUGUAGUCCUUAAAGUAAAAUAAUAGCUAACUUCAAACUAACUAAUUGAAGUUCCACACACUCAUUUCUCACACACAGUUGUUUUAGAGCUCCAGCUGAUUCACAACAGCUAACAUCUGGACAGCAACUGGCUGUUUUUGGUUAAUAAGAAUGGAGUACAAACACUCCACUGGUUAAGUUUGUGGUGAAAAACAAAAUGAAAACUGACUUUGCAUUCAGUCUGAGCACAUCUCAGUUAAUUUUAUUUAUUUAUUGUAAUUUUACCAAACGCUGUUCUGUUCCACUUGAUAUUAUUUAUGUGAACUCUAUAAUUAAAAUUGUUUUUUGGGGAAAA